UUUAGAAAGAGAUCCUUCAUCAUCGCUGAUGGAGAAUCUUGCUCUAAUCUCCCCAAAGUUUCCAAUUGCAAUCGGAUCUUUAAACCAACGACGGCUGAGCCAACGCAGGGCUGUUUCUUCUGAACUCGGAGGUAGCGGUGGGGAUUUGCUUAAAUCAGCUGUUCCUGCAAAGUUCGAGAUGCAGAGCUUUGCAAGCAUUUCAUCAUCCACAAUAAAUUCCACUCCUCCAAGCCAUGUUUCAUACCCAAUUUCCUACAUAGGCUCUCCUAUGCUGUGGAUCGGAGUUGGAGUUGGACUAUCGGCAUUGUUCUCUGUGGUGGCAACAAAAUUAAAGAGGCAGGCAAUACUGCAUGCCUUCAAGACUGUCAUGGGUCCAGAUUCAUCACAAAAUGGUGAAUUCAAUACUGACGCCUUUUCUCCAGGCUCACCAUUUCCAUUUCACGCGUCAUCAACUUCACCUCCAAUUACCUCAUUUCAAACACCUGUUGUUCCUGAAAAAUCUGUAAGGGGAGAUGAUCCUGCAACCAAAGUUGAAGCACUUCCUCCUGCUGAUGUCAAAAGUAAAACUGAACAAGUGAAGGAUGUGUCAAACGAAUCAAACACUCUUCAUUCAAAGGAAACUCCAACUGAUUCUUAACCGCCUCAAGCUGUGGACGCACCUGAAAAUAAAGCUAAAGUACACCACUUGCUGCGCCAACAAUAGAAAUUGAAGCAAUUAUAUCUACUACUGUCAAGGAUACUUUAUACCAAACAAAGGAAAAGCUGUUGCUGACUUUUAUGGUUGUUUAUUUCAUAUUACGGUUUUUUUAAUUUCAUUAAUAUGAAAAGAAUUAUGAUGUGAAGAAAACCAGAAAAAACCAGUUUUUCUGUCAUAAGUCGAAUCAUGCACAGGCAUAAGUCAACUUAUGGUAAGUCGCUUGUGUCUGUGCACGAGUUGACUUACAUUCUGCUCUGGAGUUGUGAUUUUUCGCUCUGUCAAGUCGACUUGUGAAGUCUGUUAAGUCGACUUACGAACUGUUCUCCAGUUAUUGUUUUUCUCUCUGGCAAGUCGACUUAUGGCACCUGUUAAGUCGACUUAUGAUGGGUUUUUUGCACAGUUCGGUUUCCUGUUUGGAUUCUGUUUGGGUUUAUGUUUGUAUAUAAAUAGGGACACGAUUUUUUAGGAUAAAACAAACAGAGAUUUGAGAGAUUC